AAAUGGUGUUUGGGUGUUAAGUGCUCAAAGGAGGUAGCCAUUGCCAUCCGUGGGGCCAUUUUUCUGGCCAGGCUCUCCACCAUCCCCAUGCAGCGAGGCUACUGGGGUAACAAGAUUGGCAAGCCCCAUACUGUGCCUUGCAAGAUGACUGGCCACUGUGGCUCUGUACUGGUGCGCCUUGUCCCUGCCCCCAGGGGCACUGGCAUUGUCUCAGCCCCUAUGCCCAAGAAGCUACUGAUGAUGGCCGGAAUUGACCACUGCUACACCUCUGCCAGAGGCUGCACCACCACCCUGGGCAACUUCACCAAGGCCGCUUUUGAUGCCAUUUCUAAGAACUACAGUUAUCUCACUCCUGAUUUCUGGAAAGAGAUGGUGUUCACCAAGUCUCCAUAUCAGGAAUUCACUGACCAUCUUGUAAAGGCCCACACCAGAGUUUCUGUGCAGAGGACCCAGGAUCCAGCUGUAGCGAUCACAGAGUUUUAUAUGAGAAAAAUAAAGUGAAUGUAGCU